AUGGCAAGGGCGGGUGCUGACUGGCCAAAGGAACGCCAACCCAGCCGAUGCCAGACAGCUUCUGGGGUGGAGCAGUUGAGGGUCAAAGUGCGGGUUCCGGAGUUGCUGCUCCCCUCCCUCGGAGCUGCGAACGAUCGCACCCGUGUGCUGAACAACGGGAAGCCGCUACAGAGUCGCAACCCUGCGAUCAUCAUGAUGGGAAGUGCGUCUGAGCCGUCCCUGGCCACCAAGAGCUCCAGUAGCCUGCCGAGGUUGCGGCUGCCCCCAGGCACGCUGAACAUCGUGUCCCAAGUGGCUAUCCAAUACGAUGUGGAUCCUUUGAAGGAUUCCCGGCCGGCGCCGGUUCGCUACGAGCUGCCGCCGGAGGCCUCCCCCAGGCAGCUGGUCCGCAAGCCGGGGGACCCGCCUUUGGAGAAGCUGCCUUUGCCCAGCGGUUCCUUGGGGGAGCUGACGACCUCGCUGAGCCCACUGCAUCGCCCGAGCCCGCAGCUGAAGCGGUCCAUGCACCUCAUGGAGGGCUUGUUCACGCUGCGGCACAUGAACAACAAGGAGCCGAAGGAUACGGGGCGCGGGUCUCCUACCAUAUCUCCGAGGUCGGAGGAGCCAUUGCAGGAGGAGCCACAGGUGCCGAAAAGGCCCAAGACGGGGGACGGGAAGAACACCGAGGAUGACGAUCCAAUGCUGCUUGCAGCACUCAAGGAUCUGGAGGACACCUCGGAAUCGCUGGAGGCCAAAAUCCAGGGCAUCAAGGAGGCGAAGCUCAUGGUGAAGCGCUGCAAGGGCACGCGCCAUCCCACCAGCAUCAUGUCCGACCGGACGAUGAUGGUGAUGGUCCGCAAGGCCUUGCUCCUCAAGCAGGUUGAGGAGCAGAUGGCCAUCUUCAAGGCCGCCCAAGCCAACUGCGAGCAGACCCUGCGGGAGAUGGUGGACCGUGGCCGGCCACCGCCCGAGGAGUUGCAGGGCACUUUGCGCUUCAUCCAGAAGUUCGUCCAUCGGGGGGCCCAUGGAAAGACUGGCAACUUCGAGAGCUUCGUCGCCAGCUUCAAGCUCCCUGCCAAGCACCAGCUGCUGGAAACCUUCCGUGCGGAGGCGACGGCGGCAGGGGCCUGGUGGGCUGAGAAGAGCUAUGAAGAAGCGCAAGCAGGUGCCGGGUGCUGGGAGAUCAAACACCUCAUGGACCUCGCGGUGCAAGUGGGGGCCGACGAUGACGACCCCAUGCUGUGGAGGGCCAGGGAUGUUUUGAUGUCGCGCCUGGUUGAGAGGAUCACCACUUUGACCAAGGACUGCCUGCAGAAGGACGAGCUGGCAGAGCAGCGCGGCAAGGAGCGCGGCACUGUGCCAGCGCUGGGAAUGGCCUCCACCAACGCCGACCGCAUCGAGAAGGAGAUCUUCGAGGCGACGCGGCUUGGCAUGGACAAGACGCAAGAUUGCAUUGUGGAGGCAGAAGCUGCUGUCAAGCUCUUGCGGCAGAAAGACGGGGAGCGGAAGCGGCUACACAACCGCAACAAGCGCAUGCAGGAGGCACAGUGA